AUGCUCUGUAUAUCAGUCCAAAUGAUGGCAAUGUCUAUCCAAAAAAUAAACCCAAUGGUAUUGCCAGUGCCCAACCCGAAAUUUAAUUUCAAGUUUAAAUGUGGAGGAGUGCACCAAUACGAAAAGACGUACCUAGAUCUAGUUGUCAAAACGGCGUUGAAAAGAUUGAAUUCCGGAAUGUUUUAUCCUGCCAUUUUUGAUGAGUUUACAUAUGCAGCUGACGGACCUUACUGGAUUUAUCCGCUUCUCCCUUCUCACGAGAUCUACGAUGUUGGACUUCCAAUUCACAAGUUGGACAUCCUAAGAAAUAAAUAUUAUCAUAAGAUGGUUAAAGCAAUUGCCCCAGAUGAGUUCGUGGUAUUCGAUAAAAAAGGAAUGAUAGUUGGGGGAGUACAGUAUGUUCUAGGAACUAAUAAUUCGAAAUAUUUGUCGUGUGUCUUUGCCGAUAAAACUGUUUUUCAACCUAACAAUAACAAAUAUAAUAUCUUCUGUGGCCAAGCCGACUCGAGCCAUACGAAUAAAUUUCAAAGCAAGAAGAAAGCCAAAGAUGCUCACAGUAGAAAGGCAGAUGUUAUACAAAGCGAAUUUGAUUCAAUUGAUUCCAAUGCAUUUUCGCAAAAUCAAGAUCAUGGGUGUAAUCUCCAAUUGGUCAGUUCUUUUUAA